CAACCAUGCUAGUUUUUUGUUGAUGAAAUUCUCUUCCUGACAUCCUUAUUCGAAUGUCAAUUUCUCAAUUAACAUAUCAAGAACUAGGAUUCAUGGAAGGAAGGCAAAUUCAGGGGAGGAAGAUGACAAGCAGAUCGUGUUGCUUUGUGCUUCUGUUCGCUUCUGUUCUCAUGCUCUGCGUUCAUGGACAGCCUCCGAGCACUGACGGAUUCAUUAGCAUCGACUGCGGCAUCUCCAGCAACCACAGCUACUCCGAUCCUACCACCCAAAUCCUAUACGUCUCCGAUGACCGAUUCAUCGACAGGGGAACCGACUACAAUGUCUCCGCCACCCACGUAAACUCCCUCCGUCUCAGCGCGCAGCUACUCAACCUGAGAAGCUUCCCCGACGACGAACGGAACUGCUACUCCUUGCCUGCUUCGCAGCACGCCAAGUACCUCGUCAGGGCGAUCUUCUACUACGGGAACUACGACGGCCGGAACAGCGCCAGCGUCGCUAGUCCUCUGUCGUUCGAUCUGCAGUUGGAGGUCAACCACUGGCGGACGGUGAACGUCACCAAUGCCUCGGAAGUGUACAGUCACGAGGUCAUCACAGUCGCCGCGGCGAGCGUAGUCUCCGCAUGUUUGAUAAACACCGGCCAAGGAACGCCCUUCGUGUCGGCGAUCGAGCUGCGGCCGUUGAAGAGCAGCAUUUACAGCUUCGCGAAUGUCAGCCAAUCUCUAGUCCUCUGCUUCCGCAGCAACUACGGAUCGCUCGACAACGAGGCAGUGAGAUAUCCAAAGGACAAGUACGAUCGCAUCUGGCAACCAACUCCUCCGGAUCCUCGGUGGAGGAAUAUAUCCACCAACUUCACGGUCGAAAACUUCGAACAGGACGAAUUCGAGGCGCCGACGGCGGUAAUGCAGACGGCGUUCACGCCGGCGAGGUUCUUCGACAGGGAGAUGCGGUUCUCUUGGGACUACUUGGAAGGCACUAACAAGUUCUUCGCCAACCUCCACUUCGCGGAGCUCGCGAUCAACCGAUCGAGGCAGUUCAACAUCUUCAUGAACGGCGAACUUUGGUACGGCCCCUACGAGCCGCCGUACCUCAUGUCCGACGCCGUCUAUAGCGUCUUCCCCAUGGAGGACCAAGCCAGCUACAACUUCCGUCUCACUGCGACGGGGAAUUCCAGCCUCCCCCCGUUGAUCAACGCGGUGGAGGUCUACUCUCCCAUGCAGAUUGAAGAUACAACCAAUGCUAAUGAUGUUGAUGCCAUUACUGCAAUCAAAGUAGAGUACCAAGUUAAAAGGGGGAGCUGGACUGGUGAUCCCUGUGUUCCAAGGAGAUAUGCUUGGGACGGCUUGACUUGUAGCCAUCACACACUUGAUCCUCCAAGAAUCACUUCUAUAAACUUGAGUUCAAGUAGAUUGGCAGGAGGAAUAUCGACCUCAUUUGCAUCAUUAUCUGAAAUCAGGAGCUUGGAUUUGUCAUUCAACAAUUUGACAGGAGUUAUACCUGACAGUUUGGGAAAUUUAACUUUGCUAACAUUCCUUGAUUUGAGAGGGAACAAUAUUACUGGAGCUGUCCCAGUUUCCAUCUUACAAAAGAUGAAUAAUGGGACAUUGACACUUCUGUUUGACAGUUAUACAAACUCUGAGCCUGUAGAAGCCAGUGACAAGAACAAGAACACCAAUGUAAUUCUAAUUUCUACAGUUAGUCCAGCAGUAGUUAUCCUACUUCUACUGGUGGUCCUAAUUGCAUGGAGAAUGAGAAGGAAUGAAAGAGAUUUGGCUGCAGUUAGUGCUGAAGAAAGUGCAGUCAUUCAAAUGCAAGUGGAUGUUCACUUGUUCACCUAUGCACAGAUAGUAAAGAUAACAAACAAUUUUGUAAGGUCGAUUGGUAAAGGCGGGUUUGGAAUCAUCUACCAUGGAGAACUCGAAGAUGGCACUCAAGUCGCGAUCAAGCUGCAGUCGCAGUUGUCCCCGCAAAGUGACAGGGAGUUCCUGGCUGAGGCCAGAAAUUUAACAAGAAUUCACCACAAGAAUCUGGUUUCUUUGGUUGGAUACUGCAAGGAUGGCAGUUACCUUGCUCUUGUCUAUGAAUACAUGCCUCUUGGAAGCCUUCAGGAAAAUUUGAGAGGUAAAGCACAUUCCCCUGGGUUAACAUGGGCAGAGAGGCUCCACAUUGCACACCAAGCUGCACAAGGACUGGACUAUCUACACAGGGGAUGCGAGAAACCGAUAAUUCACGGGGAUGUGAAGAGCAGCAACAUUCUCUUGGGUGAAAGUUUAGAGACUAAAAUAGCUGACUUUGGGCUUUCAAAGACCUUCUGCAAUGAGUAUGACACAGAUGGUUUCGCAUCGAAGGUGGUCGGCACACCCGGAUACAUUGAUCCACUGUACCAAAGUAGUCUACGGCUCGAUGAGAAGAUCGAUGUUUAUAGUUUUGGAGUGGUUCUCCAGGAAUUGGUCACUGGCCAACCUCCAGUGAUUCCAGAUCCAGGAAGGGGUCACAUAUCUAAAUGGCUGUCGGAGAGGAUUCUCACAGGAAAGAUUGAUGAUUUCAUUGAUGAAAAGCUGCAAAAUGGAGAUUAUGAGCCCAACUCAGUGUGGAAGGUCGUUGACCUUGCAAUGAGGUGCACAGCAUCAUCACCAGGCAGCAGGAGGCCUGAAAUGGCUGAAAUAGUGGAUCAGCUGCAAGAAAGCAUUGAAUUGGAGAGGGGAGAGAGAGAUUGAUGGUGCAACCAAGAUUCUCAAACUAAAUAUUUGGGACUCGUAGAGGGAGUUGUCAAGAAGUUUGUGUUCAUCUGAAUGAUAAAGUUAUCCAAUUUGCUAUGGUAGGAAACCUUUUGAUCAGUAGUGGAUGAAUUGCCUCAUGUUUCGUCACUGAUUUUAGCAAAAGUUAAGACUUUUGACUUUUCUCCAUUAGAUUCAAUUACAAAAAUAUAA